AUCCUGACACUUGGAAGGAAAGUGUGGUUAGCACCUAUGACUGACUCUAAAUAAAGAAAGAAUUCACAUCAGGAUUUGGAACAAUGAGUAAACCUAACGAUAAGAAAACCAUGAUUAAGCUUUGCCCAGAAACACCACUGCUUUCACUGCCUAAUGAGAAUAAUUCUUUUAAUCCUGCGCUGCUGAACAUGAGCAAAAUUAAGGUGGUGAAGAAGGAGUUACAGCACCGAUAUCGGCGACAUCGCAUCUUAGCUUUCCUGCAGGGCCUGUACAGCUGCCACUGGAAACGCUACCAGUGGAGAGAGAUAGAGAUAGGUGCCUGUUGCUGUUUGAGGGGAGAGCAAAUAUUUUUUACCUUCCUGUUAUUGACGUUCUGCAUAUCAUUUGUAUUUCUGUACAUGUGGCUGGAGGCAAAGAACGACUACGGCGGCUUUGACGCGUUCGUUUUCCAGUUCACAAAACAAUGGUUUUACUGGUCCUUUUUUCUGGUGAUUAUAGCCUCAAUCAUGUUUACUUACGUCUUGCUGCUCAUGAUGAUAGGUCUAUGUUUGUUAACGGAAGGGCAGCAACCUCAUCUGCACUGGAGCAACAAGAUUGGCAUCCUGCUGGUCUUGUCCAUAUGUAUCUUUGGUAUGGUGGCCGUAACUCUAUUUUAUGAGGAAAAAUGGAAAGCUGCUGAGUUAUCACUACAGAUGACUGCUCCCUACUUACAUAUCUUUGGAAUAUGCCUGAUGGUGGCUUUCUCGUGGCCCAUGGGCCUCUAUUUUGCCAAGCUGAAUGGAGCAGCUCUCGUUGAGAAAAAGCAAAGGCAGAGCGGAAACGUGAAAGACUCUAGGAAAAUAAAACGAAUUAGAGCUAUUCAGUUCAUCAGUCUUAUUUCCUUCCUGGUCGUUCUUCUCAUUAUCUACACCAUCCCCCUAGGGAUAAGUUCUCCCUGUAUCCGAGAAAACAAGACCCUGGCACGCAAACCAACUUUCAUUGGGCACAGAGGCGCACCAAUGCUGGCCCCAGAGAAUACGCAGAUGUCCUUUGAGAAAGCUAUUGAACAUGGUGCCACAGGGCUGGAGACUGAUGUCACUCUCAGUUAUGAUGGUGUGCCUUUCCUCAUGCAUGACUACACACUGAGAAGAACAACCAAUAUCCAUGAAAUCAUGCCGACUUCCUCUCACUUGCCUUCCUCUAUGUUCACUUGGCAAACCCUGGAAACCCUGAACUCAGGUCAAUGGUUCUUCAAGGCCCAGCCAUUUAAAUUCAUGGAACCACUGACAAAAGAAGAUGAACUGAAGGCAAAAAAUCAGUCGGUCAUGAAGCUAAGCAAUUUCUUGAGACUUGCAAAUAGGGAAAAUAAGCUGGUGAUAUUUGAUCUCUACCGUCCCCCAAAGAAACACCCUUACAGAGAUAAAUGGAUCAUUAGAGUAUUAGAAGUAAUACUCAAUGAAGUUGGGAUGAAAAGCCAUCUGGUCCUUUGGUUGCCAGGGCAGUUCAGGGCAGAUGUCCAAAUGAUGGCUCCAGAUUUCAAACAAGUACUGGGAACGAAGUUGCCUCUUUCUGAGCUCUUGAGAAUGAAAAUUAAUGGAUUGAACCUUGCUUACAAGGAUAUAGACAGCAAGGAUAUCAAGGAAUUUGAAAAAUAUGGCAUCUUCACCAACAUCUAUGUGAUCAAUGAGCCCUGGUUAUACUCUCUGGCCUGGUGUGCUGGGGUUCAUUCAGUCACCACCAAUACCAUCCAUAUACUGAAGAAAAUUAAACGCCCAUUCUUCUUUAUGACACCAAAAGAGUAUAUGUUAAAAUGGUUACUGCUGGACUUUAUCUCUGCCAUCGUCAUUGUGCUUGUGUUUUUUUACCACUGGUGGAGAGAGAAAGGAUGGUAUGAACUGCUUGUGAAAAAGAAAAGCCCAGUAUUUCCAAUGUCCGGGGUUACUGAUGUUGAAGAGAAUACUGAGGAGAUCCAAAAUCAAGAUGAAAACAAUGAAAAUCAGGAAGAAAUUCCAGUAUCACCAAGUCCUUCUGAUGAAAAGAACCCAGGAGAUUUUUGGGAAUCCCUCUUAGAAAUGAAAUCAAAAAACCUGAAAAUGACAAGGAGCCUCAGCACAGAGAGUGUUAUAGGAUCCAAUGAUGAAGAUAUGCCAGGAAAUACGUUUCCUACAAGCAUAAACAAAGACCAAGUGAAAGGAUCAGCGGAAGAAGAAGUACUAGAGAUGUAAUUUUUCCUUUAAGGACUGCUUUAGCUGCAUCUCAGAAAUUUUGAAAUGUCCAGCCUUUCAUUGGAGAACUCCAAAAAUGAUCCAUCCUGUGAAAAAAUUUCCAAGCCUUCUGCCCUGCAAAAGUUCUGCUAAAUCUUCUGAGUCCUGGACUUUGGCUGGGGAAGAUUCCCUGGAUGCCAUCUCUCCUUCUACGUAUAGAAAUUAGUCAGCUAGUUCUCUACCUCUUUUUCCUUGUCUCUCUCUCUAUCAGGUGGUGGUUCUUGAGGGACGGAGGGAGGGAUGUAUCUGAAGGCCAGCCAAAGAUGGUUUCCUAAGAGUACCAAGUUGCCAUCUGCUUUGGCCUUGAGCAAGAAGGGCCAGGCCAAGUUGAACUAGGUCCUUCCCAACUUCCUCCCCUAUAUUCCCCAGAAAGCUUACCAUGACAUAGAGGAGCAUGAAAAGGACAAGAGCAAGGGCCUCGCCUUCACCUCUCAUCCCACUGAAACAUCAGGCUACUGUGGACCUGGUCUGAGUGAAACCAACGACCAGGGGGGAGGUGGGCUGAAAGGAGCCUAUGAGUCCCCAGGACCCUGGUAGUCAUGACACUCCUUGACAUUCCAGGGUGCAUAGCCAGAUUUGGGGUUGAGGUAUGGGUCACUUCUGGGGUUGGAGAUAACCUAGGAAACUUGAAACACAUCAAGAUCUUCGCAGAAGAGACUAGGCGCCACUUGUACACAGUGUCCUCCAGAAGCUCAAAAUAGUUUUAGAUUGGAAUGAGACUUGUCUGCCAAGAUGACUGAUGAAGCCCCACAGGAAGAACAUCAGUGGGGAUACCUAACAACAUAAUAUAGAUUCUUAAGCAUCCCAUCUCCUGUCCCUUGUUUCUCUAUUAAAUAACUCCUGUUGAAAAGUCAGGCAUCAGCAAAUAUUGGAAGCUUCAAUAAAGGAGAAAAUGAAGCCUUCAAAA